UGUGAUAACCGGAGGAGAGAAAAACAGAGAUGCUUUAAAGAUUAUUAAAAAGAGAGAAAAACGCUACAGUUUCAAAGGCACAAGCUCAUUCAGAGACAUGGACAGCGGACACUAUGGUUACGCCCGGGAGUACUUCGAUCGCUUUGUCCAGAGUCAGGACUCCUCAGUCGUGAAUAAAUUUCAGCAGAAAUAUUGGAAAACCAAACAGACGCUGAUUAAAGUGACGGGGAAGAAAGAAGACGAGCACGUGGUCGCCUCGGACGCAGACCUCGACGCCAAACUGGAGGUUUUCCACUCGGUGCAGAGGACAUGUAUGGAGCUCCUCAAAGUGAUAGAACAGUACCAGAGGAGAAUCUGUUUUUUGUCUCAGGAAGAGAACGAGGUGGGACGCUUCCUGCGCUCUCAGGGUUCUCAGGACAAGAGCCGAGCGGGGAAGAUCAUGCAGGCGACGGGGAAAGCGCUCUGCUUCUCUUCUCAGCAGAGGUUGGCGUUGCGUGUCCCGCUCUGCCGCCUGUACCAGGAAGUGGAGACGUUCCGCUACAGAGCCAUCUCGGACACGUGGCUCACCGUGAACAGGAUGGAACAGGCGAGGACCGAGUACCGUGGAGCUCUGCUGUGGAUGAAGGACGUCUCGCAGGAGCUCGACCCCGAUACGCACAAGCAGAUGGAGAAGUUCCGCAAGGUCCAGGCUCAGGUGCGUGUCACUAAGACCAGCUUUGACAAGCUGAAGAAUGACGUUUGUCAGAAGGUGGAUCUGCUCGGAGCCAGUCGCUGUAACCUGCUGUCUCACAUCCUCACGAACUACCAGGUACAGAGGAACAGCGUCCCUUUCACCUUCACGUUUAAAGUGUUUGUUGAUAACGAGUGUCAGCCGUUUAGUUUUUGUCUUUCUGAUUUUCAGACUACGCUGCUGCACUUCUGGGAGAAAACGUCUCACACCAUGGCUGCCAUUCACGAGAGCUUUAAAGGCUGCCAACUGUAUGAGCUCUCGGCGCAGAAGGAGAAUAAAGAAUCUGAUCUGGGAGCAAAGAAACGGACAAAGAAAAAAACCAAGAUGAAAACCGAGGAAGAAGGAUCGAGUCCCGGCGUAGAAGACACGCUGAUUUCGAUAGACGAUGAGGAUCUGAAUAAGGACACGAAUCAGUCAGGUGUGUGUUUAGGAGCCGCUGAGGAGCCGCCGUGUGGCAUCGGAGUGCAGGAGAAGGACGGACUGAGCGCGCUCGCCGAGAUCCUCAGCUCCAGCUCAGUGGACGACGCCGAUUUCUCCCGAGAGUGGAGGGACGUGUUCGGGGAGGACGAGAGUGUGGAUGGAGGGACGGCCGAGAUCACAGACGCUCAGCCUGAGGAUGAAGAGGAGAAGGCGUCAUUCUUCCUCCCAUCACACCUCCUCGACCAGAACAUCCACAACCUGCAGUCUGCAGUGUCGGGAUGGAUGAUGGGUAAUUCACAAAGCUCCUCAGGGCCAAGCGAUCAAACCAUAGGAGCCAAUCAGAUCACGCCCAAACCGACAGCGAGAGAUACAAGUGAAAGUGUGAAGGAUCGCUCUGCAUGGUUUAACCUGUUCGCUGAUUUGGAUCCUCUCACCAACCCAGACGCAGUCGGCAGAACAGACAAGGAGCACGAACUCUUUACUGCACUGUUAACUGGUGAACAUGGAUGGAGCAGUGUAAAUAUAGCCAUGGAGCAGUGUAAAUAUAGUUAAAACAACAUCUUUUCAAUGUACUUUACUCUCUAAAAAAAUUAUUUUUUCCAGUGGUGCCUGCAAUUACAUUUCCAUU